AAACCGGAUGAAAAAAAGUAUCUAGGAGAAGGUGGCUAGGUAAUGUUUAGCUUUAAUCAGAGGAGGUGCGCACUUUCCUACCACACUUCAGAUGGCUGUACGCUGGUUAUGCAGCCUGUUCGGGAAGCCCUUUGAUGGCGGGAAGAGGAUGGACCACGGCGGUCCACAGCAGCAGCAGCAUCCGAUGGAUCAGCAGCAGCAGCCGUACCACCCGCAGCACCCCGCCAUGAUGCGUCUGUACGAGGUGCAGAAGGAGGUGGCGUCUCUGGGUCCGCAGGUCUGCACCUUCAGCGGCCUGCAGAACGACCGUGAGUACAAGCGUCUGGAGCGAGAUCUGACGCGGCUGCUGCUGGAGGUGGACCAGGUGGACACGGAGGGCAAGAUGGAGCUGCAGGGGGGGCGGAAGAGAGCGGCGCAGGAAGUGGAAGGCCUGCUGCGCUACCUGGAGGAGAACGCCAAGCACCCGUCCCGUCUGGCCAUCGAGCACCUGAGCACGGAGGCGCGGCGGCUGGUGGACGAGCGCGUGGUGGCGCCUCAGCGUUCGGGCGGAGUCGCCGAGAUCAACGACGAGCUGGUGGACGAGCUACAGCAGCUGGUGCUCAGGCUCACACAGGUGAAGACGGAAGGGAGGGUGCCGCUCCGUAAAGCUCGCUACCGGGCGCUGACACGCCUCUGCGCCGUGCAGGACGUGCUGGAAGGACGGACGCAGCAGCAGACGCUCUCCCUGCCGCUGUCGGGCGACACCCACGAGGCGGUGAGCUGCAUCAACCAGGUGAUGGUGAAGGUGAGCGUGGCGCGUAGUCAGCUGGUGGCGCUGCUGAUGGGGCUGAGCGGGAGGGACAGCUGCGCACACCUGUCACGCAUCCUGACGGAGAUGCAGGUGGAGCUGGACGCGCUGGAUGUUUCCGGGAACGCUGCGAUCAGAAAUUACCGGAAACAGGUCGUGGAGGAGAUUAACGGGCUGCUGAAACAUCUGGACCUGGAGGGGGAGGGAGACGACACCCGCAGGUACGACUUGGCGCAGAACAACUCCAUCCGCGAGAUCGAGGCGGUGCGAGCUCACGUCUCCCACCUGAGAGAAGGCAUCCUGCGGCACUGCGCGAUGGGCGACCUCGGCUUCAGACCCAAAGCCGAGCUGCAGAGCCUCCUCACGCACCUGGACCAGGUGGACACGGCCAAGAACCCGUGCAUCCGAGAGGCCCGCCGCCGCGCCGUGGUGGAGGUCCAGGCCAUCAUCACCUUCCUGGAUCUCCGCGAGGCCCUUUGUCGCCGGCAGCCGGGCCCCGCCGAGCACCCGUCGCACCGGGCCGUAUGGAUGGUCCUGGGGAGCCUGUCGGACCUCCAGGCUCAGGUUCUGGGCUUCGACGGGAAGCGGGUCGACAAGAGCUACAUGAUGCUGGAGGAGAUGCUGACCAAACAGCUGCUGGCGCUGGAUGCUGUGGACCCACAGGGAGACGAGAUGACCAAGAUGGCGCGGAAGCAGGCGGUGAAGUUUGCCCAGAACAUUCUCAACUAUCUGGACAUGAAGACGGACGAGUGGGAGUAUUGAUUGAUUGAUUUAUUGAUUGAUUGAUUAACUAUCGCAGUGGUAGCCAUGUUACUAGGUGAGUGGACAUCGCUGCAGGAAUGAAAGGAGCUGAUAAAAAUUUGUAUAAAUUAAAAAAAAAAAAACUCUACAAAAAAAAA